AUGUGCGAGCCCCCUAUGCCAUCUGUUCAAGUUGAUUCCAUAGUCCAAAAAGAAGACAACCAAGAUGUUUGGAAGAAGCCUUUAUCAAGUAAGCUACACAAGAAGUUCCAAGUUGCAUACUCAAAAAGAUUGAAAUCAAAAAACCCAAUAAAACCUGGUCCAUUAUUGGUUGAUUUGUCUGAUGCUGCUAUCAGGAAUGCCGUCCUCUUGGCAGCCAAAAAAUUGAGAGAAUUUGACAAAUUCAAAUCUGUUUACAUUAGUCCAGAUUUGACAGAAGCUGAAAGACAACUGGAUUAUAAAUUUAGUUAG